AUGACGACAGGACUUCCAUCAUCCAUGACAUUUGGCGAAGAAGAAGAGCCAGAUUUUUUAAAAAAAUUGGCAGAGAAGGCUAAAGAGCAACCACUUGUCCCUAUCGGCUCUAUACUUACGGCUGGUGCUGUGGUGUUAGCCGCAAGAUCAAUGAAAAGGGGUGAAAAGAUUAAAACGCAGAGGUACUUCAGGUACAGGAUUGGAUUCCAACUAGCAACCUUGGUUGCUUUAGUCGUCGGAGGUAUGACUUUCGGAGUAGCCACCCACGAUCAAAAGAAAUCAAAGGAGGAGAAGUUGAGGGAAAAGGCCAAACAAAGAGAGAAGUUGUGGAUUGAAGAGUUGGAAAGGAGAGACGCCAUUAUUCAAGCCAGAAAGGAAAGAUUGGAACAAUCAAGAAAAGAAUUGAGGAACUUGGCUCAACAAGGGUUUGACAAUGAAAAGGAAAGUCAAAAAACAGACAAAACUAAUUCUGAAAAUUAA